UGCUCAGUGCAGCCUCUCGGUGGAGCUCUCAGGGUCUUGGCUUGGUUUGGUUUCCGCCUCAGGCUGUAGGUUUCGUUUCUGAGUAAGAGCUCCACCUCUCAGCUGCCUUCUUUAAAAACACUCACUUGUGCUGGUUCUCUAGCAGGGAUUCCAAAAUGGACUUGGGCACAAUUGUGGCAAUGGGAGCUGGAGCAGCUGGCGCUGUAGUAGCAGCUCCACUUGUGGUAUCAGCGUUGGGUUUCACUGCUGGAGGCAUCGCUGCAGGAUCCAUAGCUUCGUGGAUGAUGUCAACAGCAGCUUUUGCUAACGGUGGGGGCGUAGUAGCAGGAGGUGCUGUUGCUGUCCUCCAGUCCGUCGGAGCUGCUGGACUUUCUGCUGCUGGUCAGGCCGUAGUGGCGGUUACAGGAGCGGCUGUGGCUGGAGCGGUUGAAAGCUUAACCUCUUCAUGUAAUGAAACCUUGAUUUAAACAAAACAAAUGGCAAAUACUAUUUGUUGUUUUCUGGGGGGGGGGGGGGGGGGGGGUUUGCCUAAUGAUAAAAAUUCUUUCUGAUGUGAAGAAGACCUUUUACUUGUUUUCAUCUAGAUGAAGGUGUGCACUGUGUAGUCCUAAUAUAUAACUAAUAUAUAACUAAUAUAUAACUAAUAAAAUAGGUGCACUUAUAAA